AUGCUUGCGGACGACGUCGCAUGCAACCCGCGCAACCCCUACCCCGCCCAGGCGCGCCGCGCGCCGACGGGGGGCCACAGGCUGGACGUGUACGGCCAGAACGUCGAGGUUGACUACCGCGGUUACGAAGUGACGGUCGAGAACUUCAUGAGGGUGCUCACCGGGCGGCACGACCCCGCGGUGCCGCGCGCCAAGCGCAUGCUGUCAGACGCGGGCAGCAACGUGCUGGUCUUCAUAACUGGUCAUGGUGGCAACGAGUUCAUGAAAUUCCAGGACCAACAGGAGCUCAUGGCAGCAGACGUCGCCGACGCGCUGGCGCAGAUGCACCAAAAGGGGCGCUACAAGGAGCUGCUGCUGGUCGUGGAAACGUGCCAGGCCGCAACCCUCUAUGGCCGCAUCAAGUCCCCAGGCGUCCUGGCCAUGGCCAGCUCGCUAAAGGGUGAGUCAUCUUACUCAUACCUGACUGACCAGGACGUCGGGCUGUCCCUCGUGGACCGCUUCACCUACUCGACCCUGGACUUUUUUGAGAGGGUGGACAUACACUCCCAGGCCACGCUGCAGCAGCUCUUUGACACAUACAGCUUCGCUCACAUGGAGUCACACUUUGGCCAGAGCACCGAGAAUUUUGAGCGCCCUCUGGACCAGGUCAGGGUGACCGACUUCUUCGGCCACGUUACAGAGGUGCGGCAGCUGCGGGGCAGCUACCCACUGGACGGCAUGCCGUCCUCGCCCGAGCGCGGUGACGGCGGCGGCGGCGCUACGGCUGGCAGGGGAGAUGAGGGGCAGGUGGAUCGCAGCUGCGGAUGGCAAGAGGCAGGAGGUGGUGGCCAGUGCCGCUGGAGCGACGAUGAUGGCGACAGCAGCGGCGGCGGCGGCGGCAGCAGGAGCAGCGGCAGCGGCGGCAGCAGCGGCGGCGAGGCAGCCAAGGGGCGGUGGAAAGCGCGUCCCGCGAAGCGCCUAGAUCACACUGGGACGCUGGCGGGCGCAGUCGCCGCGCCUGCGUUGGACGGCCUGACGGCGGGCGGCUUGGUGGCGCUGGCUGCCUUGGUGGCGGGCAGCUCUUGGGCCUGGGGUGCACGGCUGUGA